AUGGCUGCUUUUCCCCCGUGCCCUCUCGUUUCCUUGAAUGGAACAAGCUGGGUCUUGCUCCUAUGGAUGAUUCAAGUAAAUGGCCAUGUUGAAUCGAAGUAUUCAAUCGCAACUGGAGAAUGGUCAAAGCCUCACUUCGUGGAAGAUCCGUUUAUCAAGGUCCACGGCCUUGCACCGGGCCUCAAUUACGGCCAACAAGCCUUUGAAGGCAUGAAAGCGUACCGCGACCCUGAUGGCCAGAUUCAAGUCUUUCGACUCAAGGAUCAUGCAGCCCGUCUAGCCCUCUCUUGCUCAACCAUUGCCAUUCCCACAAUUCCGGAAGAUGUUCUCCUGGCUAGCAUCAACCUGGCGGUCGUCCUGUUUGGCUCCGACGCCUUCUUUGCUGUGUUUGCCGGUACCAGUUACCGGUUCUGUGUGUAUGUGCAGCCUUAUAAGGCGUAUCACGGGGUCCAGCUCUUGCCUGCGCUUGUACUGGAAGAUCUAGAUCGUGCUGCACCUCAAGGCGUGGGCCACGUUAAGGUCGGAGGUAACUAUGCGCCUGUGCUGAAGUGGUCCGAUAAAGCCAGAGCCGAGGGAUUUGCUAUAACAUUGCAUCUCGACAGCCGAACACAAUCGGAGAUUGAUGAGUUCAGUACUUCCGGAUUUUUAGGACUGAAAAAGACUGGGGACUCAUUCACGCUGAUUGUUCCCAGCUCUCCAUCUAUUCUGAAGAGUGUGACCAGCACUUCGUGCGUGGAAUUGGCACGUUCGUUUGGAUGGGCCGUAGAGCUGCGACCGAUUCCGUACCUUGAAUUGCCACAUUUUAAAGAAAUUCUAGCCGCAGGAACAGCGGCGAUAGUCGUUCCAAUCAAAUCAAUCACCCGGAGAUCUACCGGAGAUGUUUUUACUUUUUCUGUAGAUGGCCCUGGUGAGGCCUGCCAGCGUCUCUCAAAGGCGCUGUUAGCGGUGCAAAAGGGAUUGGCUUCCAAUGACGGUGACUGGCUUUGA